UCUUUAGAUGCAUAACUAAAAAAUUAUACAAAUAUUUAUAGAAUAUCCAAAUUUCUAUACCGUUUACCCCAAUGAGACUGUAACACUCCGUGGUGUGCAACAUAUUCGAAGGGGGAGCCAGCUUCAUCAAAUGGCUUCUUCCUGCCUCGCUCCCCUUUCCUCUCCCCUUUGCAGCCAAGACUCUUCCCUUUCCCAGCCAAAUUCAAAUAUAGCCUUUUCCUCCCCCUCCCACCUCCAACAACUCCACUCCCUCCUCAUCAAAUCCGGCGCUCCCAUCUCCUCCCUCUCCUUCCCCCAAAUCGCCUCCGUCUGCGCCCUCUCCUCCCCCUCCGCCUUCUCUUACGCUCGCCACCUCUUCCACCGCUCCGCCGACUCGCCGGAGAUCUUCCUCUGGAACUCCCACCUUAAUACCCUCUCCUCCUCUUCCCCUUCGGACGCGCUCCUCCUCUUUAAUCGUCUGCUCUCCUCGAAUCUCCUCCCCAACACCUUCUCCUGCUCCUUUGCCCUCAAAGCUUGCACCCAGUUAUCUCAUUGCCUUCUCACCGGCAAAACCAUCCAUGCCUUGAUCUUGAAGUUGGGUUUCGAUCCCGACGUUUUCUUACACAACACUUUGGUUCACAUGUACUCUUCUUUUGGCGCAAUGGCGGACGCACGUCUCAUGUUUGAGAAAAUGCCGAAGAGAGAUGCAGUGAGUUAUAACAUAAUGAUUGCCCGCUUGACGAAGGAUGGGGAGAUGGAACUUGCACGUGAGAUGUUUGAUGAUAUGCCUGAGCGUAGUGUUAGGUCAUGGACUUCUCUGAUUGCUGGGUAUGUGCAGUGGAAGAAUCCGAGGGAGGCGGUGCGGCUGUUUGUUGAAAUGGAGGAGGUUGGUGUGAGGCCUAAUGAGGUUACUGUGGUGGCUGUACUCGCGGCUUGUGCUGAUCUUGGGGCGCUUGAUUUGGGGAAGAGAGUUCAUCAGUAUGGAAACCGGUUUGGGUUUUUAAAAAAUGUUAGAGUUUGUAAUACUCUGAUUGAUAUGUACAUCAAGUGUGGUUGCGUGCAAAUUGCACGAAAAGUGUUUGAUGAAAUGGCAGAGAGGACCGUGGUAUCGUGGUCUGCUAUGAUUCAUGGGUAUGCAAUUCAUGGACAAGGAGAUGAUGCUCUGGAGCUAUUUGCGGAGAUGAGGAAGGCCGGUAUUCGACCCAACCCAGUAACAUUUGUUGGAUUACUCCAUGCUUGCAGCCAUAUGGGUUUGUUGGAACAAGGUCGGAAAUUCUUCCAAAGCAUGAUUUGUGAUUACAACAUUGUCCCAGAGAUCGAGCAUUAUGGUUGCAUGGUGGACCUUUUGAGUCGAGCUGGCCUGCUUGAUGAAGCCCUGGACUUCAUAAGGAAAAUGCAAAUCAAGCCCAAUGGUGUUGUUUGGGGGGCUUUGCUUGGUGGGGCUAGAGUUUACAAGAGGGUUGACAUGGGCGAGGAAGCUAUUCGGCAACUUACUGAUCUGGACCCUUCAAAUGAUGGUUAUUACGUCGUUUUAUCAAACAUUUAUGCUGAUGCUGGAAGAUUCGAUGAUGCAGCUAAAGUUCGUCGCUUGAUGAGGAAUAAAGGAGUGAAGAAGACCCCAGGGUGGAGCACAGUAGCAGUGGAUGGUGUGAUCCAUGAGUUUGUUGCUGGGGAGAGUGAUCAUGCUCAGAUUCUAGAGAUAUACAGGAAAUGGGAUGACUUGUUGGUGGAAUUAAGAGUUAGAGGUUAUGUUCCAGAUACUUCAGUGGUGCUACUUGACAUGGAAGAAAGCGAGAAGGAGUCUGUCUUGUACCGACAUAGCGAAAAACUGGCUGUUGUAUUUGGGUUGAUGAGUACACCACCUGGGAAAGUGAUUAGAAUUAUGAAAAACCUUAGGGUGUGCAACGACUGCCAUGCAGCUCUGAAAUUGAUAUCAGAGAUAGCCAAACGAGAGAUUAUAGUGCGUGAUCGAAAUCGGUUCCAUUGUUUCAGCGAUGGGUUUUGUUCCUGCAGAGAUUAUUGGUAGAAGAGUCAUUUGUAUUUCAAGCUGUCUUCGUAAUCCUAUAUUUAUAUCAACCUCCAUAAUCCAUAAGGAAGAUGGGUUUAUCAUGUGAUAGAUCCUCCUUCGGUUCAGAACUUGUCAUAAAAAUGGAAGCUUUGGUUGCUCCAAUUUCUCCUUUCAAAUAGCCAUUAGCCAUCGUAUCCAUUGAUGUAAAAUGUAUACUGCUACACCUCCAAUGCAGAAAUUUUCCAUCCCAAAUACCUCCUGAUGCCUGUUGGAAUGCUGUUUUAUGGGUAAUAUUAAUGUUAAGGUUGUGAGACAAAUUCUUCCAAACAGAAUGUGGAAUUUUGACCUUUUGUGUCACGUUGCCAGUUACAAGCUAUGGUAUGGAUGGCAUUCACAA